AUAGAUGGCGACUAAGAUCAUCUUCGGACUACAGAAUGAGAGGGAGGAAAUCUGAACAAAAUAGCACUGGGCGCAUGUGAAUGGCUGAUCUGAAAGUGUGUUGAUAUCGUCAGUCCAUAUUCAACCUGUGAAGCAACACACCCCGUUAUAAAGCUGAUUAACAGCAGCGAUUAUGCGCCGUCUGGGUUCCGUGCAGCAGAAGAUCCCAUGUGUUUUCCUGACGGAAGUGCGAAACGAACCAUCCAGAAAACGCGACUGUCAGCAGUUUCAGGUGGUGGCCACUGAGAAUGUGAACCCUGCUGCUCUUGAAUCAGAUAUUCACUGUGCAGUAGCAACUGAGAAGUUUGAUGGGACAUGCUGCUAUAUCACCACAUACAAAGGGGAACCGUAUCUCUGGGCUCGCUUGGAUCGGAAACCCACCAAGCAGGCAGAUAAGAGAUUCAAAAAGCAUCAGUAUUUGCAGAAGACCUGCAAAGGAUUUGUGUGGAACGUAGAUGAAGAUUUCCGGGAAGUGCCAGAAUCCUGGAUCGCUGCUCACAGAGUCCAGCAUGAGAAUGGCCAUCCAGUGCCGGACGAACAUGGACACAUUCCAGGUUGGGUUCCAGUGGAUCAUACCAACAAGCAGUACUGCUGGCACGCCUCUGUGGUUAACUAUGAUUCUGCUGUUGCCCUUGUCCUGAAGACACACGGGGAGGAUGAAGGGUUGCUUGAAAUUGUCAGCAUUCCUCUAGUAGACCUCAUGGAGCAAACCCUUGAGCUUAUCGGAACCAACGUUAAUGGAAAUCCAUAUGGUUUGGGAAGUAAGAAGUAUCCAGUCCAUGUUCUGGUGCCCCACGGGGUCCUGCACAUCCGGAACCCUCCUCCAGUGGAUUUCCAGCAGCUGUAUUCCUGGUUUCAGGAAUGCCAAGAGGGGCGAGUGGAGGGAAUCGUUUGGCACUGUGAUGAUGGGACACUGAUCAAGAUACACCGGCAUCAUCUCGGUUUGAAAUGGCCUGUUGGUGACAGCUUCCUGAACACCAGACCUGUGGUUGUCCAUGUAGAUGAAAAGCUUGAUCCAGAUGCUUCCGAGAAGGACUUGUUCAAAUCGUUUUCCAGCAUAAACGGAAAAUUCUUCAGCUGCAUACAGGACAUUCAGUUUGAACCCUGAUCCCAUAGAAUGAAACUACCAAACAUUCCUGAUAAAUCUGGUUUUAACCAGAGUGAAGAACCUUUGGCAACACUUAAUACUGGUCAAAAAUGCCUGUUGCGAUUUUUCCCAUUGACAUUUUGCUCAUAUAUGCACUUAGAUAUGUGAUGUGUGUGCGAAUGCUGUGAUUGCUUUAUAUUUGCCACUUUUUCUUUUAGAGAGUGGAAGUGUUU